GAACCUCGAUCCUUUCAUGAACGAUGACCUCUUACGGAUCGGAGGACGUCUGAGACAUGCAUCAAUCAGUCCAGAGGUGAGAAAUCCAAUCAUUCUCCCAAGGCAAAGUCAUGUCACAACACUACUGGUGAAUCAUUACCACAUGAAAGUUGAACACCAAGGGCGACAAUUCACAGAGGGUGCAAUCAGGGCUGCAGGCCUGUGGAUUGUGGCUGGCAAAAGGUUAAUAAGUUCAGUCCUUCAUCGUUGUGUCACCUGCCGCAAGCUGAGGGGAAGACUUGAGGUCCAAAAGAUGGCUGACCUCCCUCCCGAGCGUCUGAGCUCUUCAGCGCCAUUCACCUAUGUAGGAUUAGACGUUUUUGCCCCCUGGGAAGUCCUCACCCGACGCACCAGAGGUGGCGCAGCUCAGAGCAAGCGCUGGGCCAUACUUUUUACAUGCAUGAGCACCAGAGCUGUGCAUGUGGAAGUCAUAGAGUCGAUGGAUACAGCCAGCUGCAUUAACGCCCUCCGAAGGUUUUUCGCUUUAAGAGGGCCAGCGAAGCAGCUGAGAUCAGAUCGGGGCACAAACUUUAUUGGAGCCAGCUCCGAACUGGGCAUGGGACCGGACGAUCCAAAGCAAACCAGCAUUUCAAAGUACUUAAAUGAGAAUGGUUGCACAUGGGAAUUCAACCCCCCACAUGCAUCCCAUAUGGGAGGGGUGUGGGAACGCAUGAUUGGCGUGACCCGGAGGAUACUCGAUUCCAUGCUGCUGAGAACCAAGCAUACUCACCUGACUCAUGAUGUGCUCUGUACUGUAAUGGCAGAGGUGUGCGCUAUAAUCAACGCCAGACCAUUAGUCCCGGUCUCCUCCGAUCCCUCCUCUCCAAUGCUGCUGACCCCUGCUAUGCUGCUGACCCAAAAACCAGGUGUGUCUCCUCCACACGGCAGUUUCGACGAAAAGGAUCUUUUCAAGUGUCAGUGGAGACAGGUGCAGGCACUUGCUAAUGAGUUUUGGAGACGAUGGAGAGCUGAAUACCCCCAUACCCUUCAACCAAGGCGUAAGUGGCACACAGCAUGUCGCAACUUGGAAGUCGGAGACAUUGUGCUACUUAAACAGAGUGAUUCCCCCCGCAACGAGUGGCCAAUGGGUCUGGUCACAUCUACGAGCCCAAGCGGUGAUGGGAGAGUCCGCAAAGUUGAGGUUAGGACAACAUCACAGGAUAAAGUAAAGACAUUCUUAAGGCCUGUUACUGAGGUGGUCUUACUCCUGGCAAAGGAAAGCCAGAGGUCAAAUCGGGACAUUUAAAUCUUAAGUGGCAUCAAUAAAUGCCAGACGGGGAGUGUUCUGCCCUGAAUAUGUUUAAUAUGUUUAAAAGACACUUAAAAACAACUUCGAAAUGUUAAUAUACUGUUCUUUAUUUUUCUAUGUAUUUUCGGGUGCUUUUAUUUUGAAAAUCUGCCGAACCGGAAGUAGGAAGUAAAAACGUUAGCAGGAGAAAAAACGUGUAUACAUCGUCUCAGGACCGCAAAAAUGCAGCUAAUCUCUCAGAAAGCAAUGGUUUUUUACACCGAAUUCAUUGCAGUCAGAAAUGCUGACUAACUUUGUAAGAAGACAAUAAAGGAGCAAGCCGCUCACUUCCUGGCUCUUGAAUAAGGAGUUUGGCUGGCUGUUUAUCUGUGUUCACGCAAGAGCAAAACACAUAGAGAGAAC